UUAAACCAAAGUUUGCGGCACAAUGCACUGGGCUUCUGUUUUGAUCCUAGUUGGCUUCUGUGGAAUAUCCUUGAGCCAAUAUGAAGAUCACUACGAGGACAUAUUCUGGCUACAGCAAUAUUUACGCAGCCAAUCUUCCUACAGCUAUUCACCAUAUUACGAAGAUGAGAUUCCCCCCUAUUCUUCUUACUCUUCUGAGCCAGUUGGAUCCUAUGUUGGAGAGCCUGUCCCUGAACCACCUGUUUCUAAGGAAUGUCCUCAAGAAUGUGAAUGCCCCCCUCAUUUCUCUUCUGCCUUGUAUUGUGAUACUCGAAAUCUUAAGUAUCUUCCAUUUGUGCCUUCUCGGAUGAAAUAUGCCUACUUCCAGAAUAACCAAAUUGUGGCAAUCCAAGAGGGAGCCUUUGACAAUGCAACCAAGCUCGAGUGGUUAGCACUGCACGGCAAUCAAAUAACCAGUGAGAAAAUGGGCAAGAGGGUCUUUGCCAAGCUCAAGAAUCUAGAAAGGCUGUACCUUGACCAUAACAACCUGACCAAAGUGCCUCACCCUUUGCCACAGUCACUGAAAGAGCUUCACCUGGCUUAUAAUCAGAUCUCCAAGAUCCCAUCCAAUGCCCUUGAAGGCUUAGAGAACCUCACUGCCUUGUAUCUCAGCCACAACCAUAUCCAAGAGAUAGGAUCAAAUCUCAAGUGGUUAAACUCUCUGAUCCUUGCAGAUUUGAGCUACAAUCACCUCACAAGAGUCCCUGGUGGGCUUCCAAGCUCCUUAGAGCAACUCUAUUUGGAGCACAAUCACAUAAAUACAGUCCCUGAUGAUUACUUCAAGAUCUCCCCUAAAUUGCUGUAUGUACGAAUGUCUCACAACAUCCUGACAAAUGAAGGUCUCUCCCCAAAUGCUUUCAAUACUAGCAGCAUUCUGGAACUUGACCUCUCUUACAACCAGCUUCAGAAGAUCCCACGAGUCAGUACAAGCCUUGAAAAUCUUUAUCUUCAAGGGAACAAAAUAAAUGAAUUCAACAUCAAGAGUUUUUGCAGCUUCGUAGACAUCAUGAAUUUUUCCAAGCUACAAGUCUUGAGGCUGGAUGGGAAUGAGAUCCGUCGCAAUCAUUUGCCCUCAGAUGCUCCACUAUGCCUGCGGUGGGCCAAUGUCAUAGACAUUUAACUACUUCACUUGUUUCUUUCCUUAGACCGCCUCCAUCAUAUGAACAAGGCUAAAUACCUCCUGAAAUCCUAUGGCACAAUGAGGAUUCUUCCUCACUUUUAUUACUGCUUCAUUUGACUGAGCUUCCUCAGUGGUAUAAUGUAGGAAGGAUUGGUAACCUGAUCACAGAGGUGUUGUUUAUAAUAGUCAAUUUGGUAACAACAAAUAGGCCAUCCAAAUCUUUGCUUACCUCUUUCCCAUUUUCUCUCUACCAUGCUAUCCUUUUUUCAACAAUCACUUACCCAGUUUUCAUGACAUGCUGUUGGAUAGUGCUCAUUCUCUUUGGUGAGCAGUACAGAAGUCUUUUUCUUUACAAGUGUUUCAUGUGUGUAGCAUUAGAAAUUCAAUGCCAGCUGGGAUAACUUUGGGAUUUAGUUUUCCAUGUGGGUGGACAGCAAUUAAAAAGUACUGUAGCAUGUAUGCAGUGGGAGUGGAUAAGACUAAAUCCAAGCAAAAUGAA